CUGACCCUCUGGCGGAAGCAACACACACUCAGUGUUUUCCGUAGUCAUCGUUGACAAACGCUAGCUGUUAACGGCGAGUAGUAAACUGCACAAAGAGAGCCGUUUAUUUGUCUUUGUUUAACCAUUAUCUGAACCAAGAAUGCCGCUGGAAAACCUGGAGGAAGAGGGUCUCCCCAAGAACCCCGAUCUGAGGAUAGCACAGCUGAAGUUUCUGCUCACAAUGGACGGGCACCGACAGGAUGUUAAAGUGAAGACCGAGCUCAUGGACGCUAUCAAAGCUAACAACAUGGCACCGUAUUAUGAGGGUCUGUGUAAGGAUCUGAAGUGGCCUCUGGACGGUGACCUGCUCAGUAAAAUGAAGAAGGCCAACGAGGAGGAGCUGAAGCGCCUGGAUGAUGUGCUGGAGGAUGCAGAGAAGAGCCUGGGAGAGAGUGAGAUCCGAGAUGCCAUGAUGGCCAGAGCUGAAUAUCUGAUCAGAAUUGGAGACAAGGAGGGCGCUCUCACAGCCUUCAGGAAGACUUAUGACAAGACAGUGGCUCUGGGUCACAGACUAGAUAUCGUCUUCUACCUGCUGAGGAUCGGACUCUUCUACAUGGAUAGCGACCUCAUCACACGCAACUCAGAGAAAGCCAAGAGCCUUAUCGAGGAGGGAGGAGACUGGGACAGGAGGAACCGCCUGAAGGUCUACCAGGGCCUGUACUGUGUGGCCAUCAGGGACUUCAAGCAAGCUGCAGAGCUCUUCCUCGACACAGUCUCCACCUUCACCUCCUACGAGUUAAUGGACUACAAGACCUUCGUCACCUACACAGUCUACGUGUGCAUGAUCGCCCUGAAGCGGCCCGACCUCCGUGAAAAGGUUAUAAAGGGAGCCGAGAUCUUGGAGGUGCUGCACAGCCUGCCUAAUGUACGCCAGUAUCUUUUCUCCCUGUACGAGUGCCGUUACUCCGUCUUCUUCCAGUCUCUGUCCAUGGUGGAGCAGGAGAUGAAGAAGGACUGGCUCUUUGCACCACACUACCGCUACUAUGUGAGGGAGAUGAGGAUCCAGGCGUACAGCCAGCUGCUCGAGUCCUACCGCUCCCUCACCCUGGGCUACAUGGCCGAGGCCUUCGGUGUCAGCACAGAGUUUAUCGACCAGGAACUCUCCCGAUUCAUAGCUGCCGGCCGGCUCCACUGUAAAAUUGAUAAAGUGAACGAGAUUGUGGAAACCAAUAGACCUGAUAGCAAAAACUGGCAGUACCAAGAAACCAUCAAGAAGGGCGACCUGCUGCUGAACAGAGUCCAGAAGUUGUCGAGAGUUAUCAACAUGUAACCGACGCGGCCAUCUUUUGAUGCUAGGGGAACUUGCAUUAUUCAUCUUGGUAUACCCGAACCAGUAGUCUGUCUGACAAAGUGACUCUUAUAUUGUGUAUAUAAUAAAAUUUGUUUAACUGUU